AUAGUGGAGCCCUAUCCUUCUCUCUCUCUCUCGUAGCCCUCCUCUGUUCCAUCUUCUUGCUCCGCCGAUCUCCCUCUGCUCUUUCUUCUUCUUCUUCUUCUUCAAUUCUGUUUUUAUUUAUUUCUUUAUAAACCUUCUCUCUUAAAACCCAAAUUCAAAAAAAUCAAACGAAGAAAAAUCUCCGAGUUAGAAUCGUCCAUAAUCUUGAGACUAAGUGAGAAAUAGUAUCCAAGGUGAUCAAACAAUGGGUGCAAAAUCAGAAGAGCCGAUGAUGACAACAAGAGAUAGUAUAUACAGAGCUGCAAGGAAUAUAAAACGACGAGACAACAGUCUCUACAACGCUCUUCGAUCUAUCUACCAAGACUCCAUCUUCGUCCACGAGAUCUCUCUGCUUUGGCCUAAACUUCCUCUCGUUGCAAACCUUCGUUGUGGUCUCUGGUACUCUGAAAAGUUCGACGCCACUUGCUACUUCAAAUCCACCGAUGGUCAUACCAAUAAUUUGUCCUUUAACACUUCUCGUCUCAAUCUCCAUCUUCCUCUUCUCGCUGGUAUCAUCAAUUCAUCCUUCUUCCCACCAUUAUUAGAUUAAUGAAGUAUAUAUCUUUAGUUUCUAAAGCAUAUAUCUUUAUGCAUUGUUCAUCGUUGUGUUGUGUGUGAUUGCCAUGGAUAGGAGAAAAAGGAGGAUGCAUCAUUAUUGAUUCUACUCGUAAAGGAAAGCGUUUUCCGGAUAGCAUGUCGAAAACGAUACCUAUGUGGUCUUGUGUAGUGAACCGUUCAAUAUUUAAUCAUUGGAACAGAUUAUGUAACAUUGAUGCAGGUUUGACUAGUGAUGAUGAUGGUGAUAACAUCAGGAAAUUGUUAGAUAAAUGGGAUUGUUCGUUACAUCUACCACUAUGGGUUUCAAAUACUGAGAGGGCUUCUAUUGAAGCUAGAUUGGAUGAGUGGACAAGAGAGUUAGAUGAGAGUGGAGCUGAUAUAGCUUCUCUAGCUUCAUGUUUGAGAAAACCUUUGCGUCCUCUUUGGGUUUCACAGAAAACUGUUAUAUGGUUGAAUGAAGUACCUGAGCAUGAUUCAUGGGAUUUCACACCUCUUAUCCUUGUCUCAGCUUCUGCUUCUGGUGAACUUCAAAACAGAACUAGUUCAGAGUUUAGUUGGAAUUAUAUUCCAGGGGCUGGUGAUGAUGAAGAGAGUUGGGCUAGAGGUUUAUCCCCAAAUGUUUUUUGGACACAUGUUGAUGAUUUGAUUCACUCAGGGCCUGACUUGUGUAACCAGAAAGUUGCAGAGAUUGUUGAAAACGAUAGAGUGUAUCGAGCGCAUAGAGGUCAAGAAGCUCCUCAGGUUGUUGUCAAAUGCUCAAAAUCUAAUGGUGGAGUCAAUCACGCUAAGAGUGAUGAAAUCUUAUGUCUUAGUGCACAAAUACCGAAAGUUGAUGAAGAAAGAUUAGUAUUUUGGUUGUCAUCAACGAAUCUUGCUGUUGGUGCAUCACAAGUAGCUUGUAAGGAGACAUCAAUUGACUGCAUAUUAAAUUGUGAUCAAAAUCCUAUCUCAGUCCCUGUAUCAUAUCUUGAAGAGCAUUUGCAUCUACCCAUGAAGGGUUCAAAAUUUGAUAGAUUUUCUAUAUCAAGAAAUCUUCCUCCCGCGGUUAAUUUUGCUAAGCUCAAGAUGAGUUCAGGGAAGAAAGUCUUGGUUUGUUGUCAAGAUGGGGAAGAUAUCAGUAUAUGUGUUUGCUUGGCCAUCUUGAUGUCAUUAUUCAAUGAAGAAGGGGCCUUUGAUGGUGGAAAAUCCUUUGAAGAGAAGAGUAUAACAAAAAUGGAUAUGCGACGGAUGCUAAUAUUUAUAUGCAAAUACGCGGUGAAUGCUCGACCAUCUAGAGGCAAUCUAAAGCAAGUUUUUGGUUUUCUCUCGUCUCACCGCGAAAAUUCAGACGAGUGAAGUAGAAAAAUCCUCCAUGUAGCGCUCAAGCUUUUUAGUUGGUUAACCUUUUUGGUGUGUGUGUGUGGCUAGGAAAGAAAAAAAAAUUCACUGAUUUGCAAAAUUUUGCUGAAAUCUGUACAAACUUCAUUAUACUUGUUUUUCCUACAACAUCAUAUGUAUCAUUAAUCCAUAAUAGGCAUAAAUCAUUAAAUAUUCAUGGUUAGAUUUGUUUA